AUGUCCAACAGUGCCAGCAUCCCUGGCCAGAGAAGAGCAGCACGGGGCGUGGAAGAUGCAACCAGUAAGAAGAAGCAGAAGGACCGAGCCAAUCAGGAGAAUAAGGAAGGCGAGAGACCAGUUGGCAGUGACUCAAAGAAAGGUAUGGUUUUGUGCUAUAGGUACCUAUUACUCUAUGUUUAAAUCCAGUAUAAAUACUAUGUUUGUAUAAGUAUGCUGGAUCAAUUGAAAGGUUGAAAACUAUGUGCAUAAGGCUGAUUACUGUAGAGCAAAUGGAGGGAGUACCUUAAGUUAAGGCUCAAAAGGACUCAGGGCUGGAAAAAUACUUGUAAAGUUCCUCUAUAUCACUGUUACAUACUUUUUGUUCAGUGCAGAAAGUAUGCGAAACUUUCCAGAAAGUGCUACACAGAACCUGGCUGUGACACUGUCUCUGCGCAAAAUGUUUACAGUCAAAUUAUGCUCGCAAGACCAUAACUUUACUCUCCAUCAGUUAAUCAGGAGUAAUUGCCGUCUGCCAUUUGCCAGACUCACACCCACACCAUACAUUUAAAACACAUGGCUUUCCUCAAAUAAUCAUGGGAACUAUUAUUUAUUAAGGGUAGUGGAUGGUAUACAAAUUUAAUGAAGUUAGCAGUAGUUGUAGUUGUUAUAGCUCUGUACAGGGUAAGUACAGUUCCCAGGAUUCCUUGGGGGAAGAAUGUGCUUUAAAGGUGUGUUGUGGAUGUCAUGGCCAUGGUUGUAAUAAAUUUGAAUCCCCACUCUAUCUACAACUCACACUGAGGGAAUUAAGUCACCCUUCAACCACUCGUAACAAGCAUAAUUUUAAGAGUUGCUUAAAUAAGUGAGAAGGACAAAGUGUUCCAUGUUGUGUGAUUUUUGAAUAUACAGCCCAAGUACGAUAGGCUGCACUAAAUGUGGAAGCAGAGCCAACAGAUGGCAUGGAGGUGUGGUGUAUGCGCGUUGAUAUUGUCCAAGAAAGACCUUCCUGAAGAGGUGGGAAUGGAAGAGAGCUCUAAAAGGUGGGCUCAGUGGGUUUGGCAAAUGCAGAAGGGAAAAUUGCUCCAGGAAUAGAAAGGAUCACAGCACAAGACACACGGGUGUAAAUCAGGAGUAGGCAAACCGUUUGCUUCCAACUGCUACAUUUGGGGCAAUCCAGUCAGAUGGGUGGGGUACAGACAAACAAAUAAUAAUAGUAAUAAUAAUUCAUUGGGGAUGGGCAGUGGAUGAGGGGGCAUACACUUUCACAUGCACACACACAGAUGCACACAGAGCGCCAAAGGAGGCAAGCAAGAGGAUCACAGUGAUGCCAUUGUGGUUCUCCCAUUCCUUGUGUCUAGGAAAAGCUCUUUGGCUUUUACCAACAGCAAUCAGCUGCUGGGGAUGGGAGAGGGACAGGCAUGUUGUGGGCAGUGAUUCCGUUGGGCCACUCCUUACACCCCAGCUGACAGGGGCUGACAAUCUGUUUGGUGGACUGAAGGGAGCACAGCUGCAAUGAGGGAGAAGGCACACCUAGACAGCCAUCCCAGUGCACCUUUCUCUAGAGAGCCAGUGUGGUGUAGUGGUUAAGAGCGAUAGACUCGUAAUCUGGGGAACCGGGUUUGCUGGGUGACCUUGGGCUAGUCACACUUCUCUGAAGUCUCUCAGCCCCACUCACCUCAGAGUGUUUGUUGUGGGGGAGGAAGGGAAAGGAGAAUGUUAGCUGCUUUGAGACUCCUUAGGGUAGUGAUAAAGCGGGAUAUCAAAUCCAAACUCUUCUUCUUUCUCUUGCAAAUCAUGCUCUGUGCAGCCUGCCAAAUUUGACUGGUGUGCUGAAAUGAGUGUGAAUCCAGCUUUUAAGGUGUCUAAGCAACUUGCAAGUUGCUCACAGCAAUGUGAGGUGGAUUUUUUUUUGAAAGCAGAAAUUGUCCAUUGCUUGUUUUUUCUAUGGGAAAGUAUCCAUUUCAUAAGUUCAUUACCAACAAUGUAUGGGUGCCAGUUUCAAAGGCAAUAUUAGCCAAGCUUGACAGUUCUUAAAUUGUACUUUUAUGUUUUUUUGGGACAUUAUCCCUAGCAAACUGCAAGUCAGCAUAUCAUGCUCAGUUGUUCGGGUUGCUAGACUGUGUUGUGAGUCAACUGUUUUCAGUAUCUUUGUUUUUUCUUAAAUUUAAACAACAUAAGGGAAGUAUGCCUGCUAAUGACUUUAUUUUUUAAAGAAAUAUUCCAAUUUAAAAAUCUUAUGUUUUCUACACAAUAUACAUGUAAAGCAUGUUAAGUGCUUCAAUUUCCACAUCCAAUUAAUUUAGGUUGAAUACUUUUUCAUUGGGACAAAAAAUGGAUACAUUUUGUUUACUACAUACAAAUAAACAUGCUAGAUUGAAUCACUCUCUAGGGGAUCAAAAUAAUUUCUGAUGCAAAAUCACCUUAUGCAAAUCUGAGGUUUCCAGUUCAAAAUUUUAUGGGAAAUCCACAUCUCUAGUUGCCCACUUGUGGUGUCAGUAGAUGAAGGGAGCAAAGAUUAAAGAUGAUGCGUAAAAGAUGCGUAUGUCUGGGAGACGAAGGAGAAGAAACGAUGAAGAGCCUUGUGCUAUGGUCAGCUGCUAUAAAUUAAGCUAGAAAGGGGCAGGGAGCCAAUGCAGAGAGAGAAAGUCAAGCUCUUAACAGUGUUGCUCAAGGCAGUUUCUUUUGAAGGAUAUAAUAUGACUCAGGCUUUGCCAUGCUCUGUUCCAAAACCAGCUGCCUGCUUCUGUGCCCUGAGCUCAAUGUAAAGUUGCAGCCUUAAGGGCUGUUUUUCUUGCUUAAUGCUCUCUUGCAUACCCAAAUGUUUUGCAAAUUGUGGAAGUCUUGGACACUGGCAGCUUGCAAAACGAGUACACACCUUUCCGUUCACUAUCUCCUCCACUCUCUCCAAAUAUUUACAAGAGAAAGGACUCUCUCUCCCCCCCCGCUCCAUCUUUGUUCCUAUCCUUGUGAUCAUGGACAGGUGUCUCCAGUGACCAUGUACACCAGGGGUCAGCAAACUUCAGCAGGGGGCCGGUCCACUGUCCAUCAGACCUUGUGGGUGGCUGGACUAUAUUUGGGGGGGGGGAUGAACGAAUUCCUAUGCCCCACAAACAACCCAGAGAUGCAUUUUAAAUAAAAGCACACAUUCUACUCAUGUAAAAACACCAGGCAGGCCCCACAAAUAACCCAGAGAUGCAUUUUAAGUUAAAGGACACAUUCUGAUUCCCAGACUGUCUGCGGGCCGGAUUUAGAAGGCGAUUUGGCUGAAUCCGGCCCCCGGGCCUUAGUUUGCCUACCCAUGAUGUACACAAUUUCAGUAAAUUUAGUUAGGGAAUAAUUGUACAACAGUUACAUUUCAAGUAAUACUGCUGGUGAUACUUGGAGGUGCUGUUUUUGAGGAGGCUCUCCCUUAAAGGAGAGGCAGCUUGCCACUAAUUGUGGUUGAUUGUGUCUGACAUUAUUCUCUUAUCUCUCGUGGUGCAACAUGCAGCGCACCAACCUAUUACUGCUACUAAUUAUUGUCCUUCUGUGGUGGAAAGAACAGGUCUUGAGGCUCAACAGUUGCCUUUCUUUGGUCUAGAUAAAAGCUACCUUACAGCACCACUGUUCUAAUAAUAAGUUCAGUUAGGGGAAGAGCAGAUUAGAACUCAUAGCAAUGAUUCAUCAACUCCUCUUGCUGUAAAUCUUCUUACUGGGUUAUUACGGCAAUUGGAUGUUCAGCCAGCUUAGGCUGGUUUAGUGACUUCCAUCUUAAAUUAUUAGUUCAGUUUGCAUCACUGUUUAUAUGUAGCUCUCUCUUCCAUAAAGAAACAAGCUAAAGUGUUCAUUUUUCAUGAUAAGUGAUUAAAAAGUAAGUCUUUAGAAUAUAGAUAAUAGUACCAAUGCUGGUUUUGGAUGAGUGUGAAAAAUAUAUUUGGUGCAAUGAAAUCCUUCAUUGAGCCAACUUGUGUUGAAGCGUGCAGAGCAGACUCUUAAGAGCCAGUGUGAUGUAGUGGUUAAGAGCAGUAGUCUCGUAAUCUGGGGAACCGGGCUCGCUUCCCCGCUCCUCCACAUGCAGCUGCUGGGUGACCUUGGGCUAGUCACACUUCUCUGAAGUCUCUCAGCCCCACUCACCUCACAGAGUGUUUGUUGUGGGGGAGGAAGGGAAAGGAGAAUGUUCGCCACUUUGAGACUCCUUCGGGUAGUGAUAAAGUGGGAGAUCAAAUCCAAACUCCUCCUCUUCUUCUUAAUUUACACAGAUUUUUUUCACAAGAUAGAAUAUACAAUUGCAAAUUACCAAACGGAAGAAUUGAGGAGCUUGAAAGCUGGCACAUUUAUUUCACCAGCAGUGGCUUUUUGCAGUGAUAUUUGCCCCUUAUUCCCACUCUAACCUCCACCUGCAAAUUAGUUCUGUAGAAAGUGACAUAGUUUAUAAAGCUUCCUAUGAUAAAACUUGCAAGGGUUUGUCUUUAGUGGCUGAGUUCAGACUUUUCUGGCCUCCAAAUACCUUUCCUCUCUGCACAGAAUCCUACCACACCUAAUUCAGCGAAUCAAGGCUGAACUUAAGGUGGAAGGCACAAUAGCCAACUUGCUGUGAAGAAAGGCCUAAGAAUUGCCUGUCUCUUUAAAUAUGGCAAUAUAUCAAGCACGUUCAUCUAUCUUCCCCACUUACUUAGCAACCUCCCUCUCAUGUUUCAAGCCUUCUCCAGCUAUGCAGAUUUGGUUGUCAGCCAGGAGUAAAUAGGGAACCUUUCCCUGUUUUCGCCACUUCCACUUUCCUGGAUUGCUGAAAUUGCCAGGAAAUUUCCACACACAGAGGCAUGUCCCAAGUGUCUAAACUCUGCCUCUGUAGAUAUGUACCCCUUGUCACAGGCUCAUGCUUUGACAGAAGGAUCCACCUCCAGUCAGCCUCUCCCCUGGUUCUAUAGGGUUAAAAAUUAGGACUAUUCCCCAUGUAUUUAUCAUUUGCCAAACGUCAUGGGCGUGUUGCACUUCACAUUUACCUUCCAAAAUUGCACACAACCUGAAGCAUUGGAAUAAAAUUCUGAAAUUGGAAUAAAAUCAUUAGGCCAAUGGAAUCUAGGCCAACAACAUUGUUUAGUCUCGAAAGAAGUCUCCACAGUGAGUCAGGCCGAGACCAUAAUAAGGCAUUUUUUAAAUUUGCAAACUAUUAAUAUAGUAUAUAAGGAAAGGAACUUGUGGGGAAGGAACGGGGGCCUUUAUGAAGUUUCUGGUGGGAGAGUGGGUGCAGCCAAUCCGUGGAGUUCCAAAGGGGGUGGUCUGUUGCUGGUUGUUGUUUUUUGGUAGAAAAUGCAUUUACUUCUUUAAGCUUAUACCUGCAGUUUUGAAGCCCAGAAUAUCCUUUUGAAAGUGAAAGCUGGGAUUCUCAAUAAUCUAAUGCAGCAAUUGCUGGUGAGGGAAGCCUUGCUAUUUGUCUGUAGAGAGCUGGGGUGCGGAACCUCUGAUCCACAGGUCUAAUUCUGCCUGCCAAACCUCCCCAUUUGGUACGCAGGUCCACUUCAGUUAACCCACAGCCACCUGCGCUACAUCUGAUUUCAUACAGCACAGCAUACGUCAGGUGUGGGGAAGGUGAAGACCUGACCUGAGCCAAAGGGGAGGGUUUCAGGGGAUGCCACCCUGGCAAAUCCCUGUGCAAAUGUUAAACAGACCUCUUUCCUGCAUGCAUUGACAAAGAGGCAACAUGGCACCUGUUGCUGCAGGCCAGGCAACCACAACAAUUGACAAUUUCAUAAGCCUUAUUUGGCUUGUUACCUUCCUCUGCGUGUUGCUGCCGUUGCCUUCCUCUUGGUUGUGUGCAAGUUCCUUAUCCAGGCAGCAGGACUGUGGUGAUUAAAAAACAAGAAGUAAACUUUAACUUGUGGAGGACCUAUUCCAAAGUGAGGAGCAGCAGAGAGGUACAUUGUGCAGGUGCAGUGAGCAGCUGCUCAUGGCAAAGCAACACACCUCUUCUAUGUUUCUUUGAUCACUAGAGCCUUUCCCUGGCCUGGCGCUGGUAGAGCCCAAUUGGCAGAGGGAGUCGGAGGAGGGUAAGUCGCAGGGGUGCAUGACUUCAGGGUGCAAAAGUACUGAGCCACCUUAUUUAUCCUUGAUGCUCCUGUCUGCACUGUGUGGCUGCCCCACUCCUUUUCAGGCCUGAGGGUUGCAUCUUUAACAAGCGAUCUUAACAAAGCUGUGUCAAUCUAACAGCCUAACAAGCUGCCAAGGUAGCGUGACAAAAGUAGAGGGACCUUGACUGCCAUAAAGAACAAAAGGAGGGAACGACCUUGACGCUGGCCCAUUUGAGGCAUGAGAAGCAGAUGGUAAGAUCAGCCCUUCGCCAGCAGAGGGCAUGGCAGUUAUGUCACAGGAGAGCAUCAGCUGCCUCAAGCAUGUCGGUGUCUUUCUGUUCCCAUGGAAGUGAUGGGUGUUUGGCCAUAUUCCUCUCCGCUUUUGAGUGGGGAGUGCAGGAGAGCUCAAGAAUUGCCAGACAGGGUCACGCCAGUGAGCCUGCCAGCUCAGCACCCUGUCAUCCUGAGAACCACCAUGGACAUUCGCAAGGGAAGAGGGCACCUGCAUCUCACAACAUGCCCCAAGUGAGGAUUCUUGGAAGAGAACAGACUCUCCUCCAAGGAAGGUGUUGCUCCUCAAGACACCCAGAACCAGCAUGGAUAAUCAGGCCUAAGGGGAGGGAGUCUGGUCCUUAGUUCAAGGCUUAUGUGUGGAAGCCCAUCCCUGCUGAGACAACUUUAUUGAAACUCAUUUAUAAGCCACCUCUCCCUAUGUGAACCACCCUGAGAACUUUUUGUUUGGUAUAAAUAAAUAAUAACUGACAGCUGCCAUAGGGUAGGUUGCAGCCAGGGCAGAUUACGAAUGGGGCAUCCAUCUCAUUAAUUUCCAGCAUCUCAUACUCACGUAUGUGAAAUAUAUAUAGCACUUUAGAGUGUUCAUAGUGAUUCACAUACAUGUUUUCCAUAACCCUCAUAAGUGUCCUGCACAGUGUUAGCCAGUAUUGCUUUUCCUGUGCUACAGACCUGAGGUUAAGAGAUAAUGGCUUACCUAGGACCACCUGGUCACUUCAUGGCUGAGGUGAACUGUGAACAGCUUAAUGGAGUCACAGCUUAUGCUUAAGUUACUGUAUUCCACCAGCUCCUAAUACAAUGCUGUAACACACUGUUUUUCACUACUGAGAAUGUACCUUUGGCUGCAAUGGCUUGUUGCCACUGUUGAAUAUCCUCCACAUUUUCAUGUGAUCUGUUUAAGAAGAGUUUUGGUAGCUGUCUUCCUACCAUCCUGCGUGGCAACGAUUUCUGCGUUGGUUAUGAUGCCAUAGGAGUGCUGCAAACUUACACUCUGUUACUAACUCUGCUUCAAGUCCUGGACUCUCACAUUCAUGAGCUAACAGGUCACUCUGGCACUUUGCACUUCUGGAUCAGCAAGUGAGAGACUGACAUCUCCAUUAACCCUUUUGUUUCCUAGACCUGCUGCUGGACUGGAAGCAGAAUGCUCAUGAAAUCAUUGUAAAGCUGAACUUGGGCGGCGGAGUCCUGAAGGGAGAGGAAGUGGAUACAUCUUUCACAGACACCAGUUGUGUUGUCAAGUUACCUGGUGUGUGAUGCAGACAUUAUUUCUUUUUCCUGUAGCUCUUAGUUGGCUGGGCAUCUCUGUCUCUCUUUCUGUUUGAUCCUUUUCUUUUGCUCUUGGUGAACAGUAGCAGCAGUUGCCCUCUUUAAAGCAAAACUCCAAACUGGGAAGGGAAGAACCAAUGAACAAGAAUAGCAGCCUACUUGUCCUUAGUCUAUACAUGGAGGGACUUGAGGCUUCAACCCUACCAGGAGUCAGAAGACCAUAGCCUCUGUUUAUGAGUAAAGAGUGACUGAAAAUUGGGCAUUUGAGGAAUCUUGAGGUUAACAAGCAAGCAAUCUGCCAGGAGAACCAUUUGAGCACCUCCAGGAAGGGACAUUGGGUCCUUCUCUUGGGGGACAUUAUCUGGUUCAUAGCUUGAUGAUGAGUAAAGGUAACUGGUGCCUAGAAUAAUAUAUCCUUCCUGCAGGGCAGUUCCUGAUGAAGGAACUGAGGAAGGAACCCUGCAUGUGGCUAGAAGGACUGCUUCUUUGCAGGGUGGUGUCAAUGGGAACAGUUUAGGGAUUUUGUUUUGUAACGCUUUGGGCUUCAUUUAGCAUCUGCUUCAGCACUGAAUGCCACAGUCUUUAAACCCCUAGCCCCAAAGAUUAAGGGCUUCUUAGUGGAAUAACUGUGAUAGCAAAUUAAGGGGAAUCGAGUCUUCUUCCCACAGAGGCCAAAGGAGUGGCAGAUAAAGAUUCAACAGGAAACUUACGUUGUUCUGAUUGUGCAGUGGAGAGCAAAACGUGGCAUUUAUUGUUGGAUCCAGCAGUUUGUAUAGGAUCCUGCGAGACUUGUGUUUUCUUUUUUUUAAAUCUUAUGUCCCAGAGGUGCAGAAACAGGCCUAAAAACAUGUUGUUAAGUAUUUUUGUUGUGUGUGUUUUGUAAAGGCUCAACACACAGCGAGCAGUAAAAGUCUGGGUCAAGAGAUGCUAGCUCAGGGAAUAGAUUUCACUUGGCAUAGUUAUUUGCUAUUCUCUAUGGCUCUCAGCUCGCUUCUUCAGGCUUGAGCAUGAGUCCCAGCCCUGCUUUUUCAAUUCCUUGCAAAAAAAAAAAGUACAACAUAAGUCUUUCUUAAAAAAUUACUGUGUGAAACAUUAUUCACCCCAAUGCAAAAUGUUGUAGAACUGUAAAUAUUUUUUUAAAAAACAAACAAACACACACACAAAAAAACCCUUUUCUCUUGAGACUAGCGCAGCACUAUCCUGGUUAAGUCAGCACAGGUGUGCUUCUGUUUUCAUCCAGUGUGGCUUGGCAAAAACAUUGUGAACAUAUAAAGUUGCCUUACACUACAUGAGACCAUCUAGCCCAGGCAUAGGCAAACUCCAGCCUUCCAGAUGUUUUGGGACUACAACUCCCAUCAUCCCUAGCUAACCUCAGUGGUCAGGGAUGAAGGGAAUUGCAGACCCAAAACAGCUGGAGGGCCGAGUUUGCCUAUGCCUGAUCUAGCCCAAUACUAUCUUGUGAUGACCAGCAGUGGCUUCCCAAGGUUUUGGACAGAGGCUAUUCCUGAUAUCUUGAGGGGCAUUCACUAGAGAAGUCAGAGGUUGCACCUAGGACCUUCUGCCUUCAAUGCACUAUUCGCUGUUGCCUCUCUGUUGUCUUAUUGGCGGGGGGAGUGGGGAGUGAAAUGCAGCCGAAAGACUGUUGUAUGUGCCGUAUCUCCACCCCCCCCCUUAGAUGGCCGUGAGUGGAGCUGCCAGUUAUUUGCGGAGAUUGAGAGCUCCUGCAGCAAAGUCCAGUACAAGAAGGGCAAUAUCCUACAGCUGGUGCUACAAAAGAAGAUCCCGUUGCACACUUGGGCUUCACUUUUGGUAAGAUUCAGCCUUAUUCUGAACGUGCAGGUGGGGUUUUGUUCCGUAGCUCAGCCUUUUCUGAAACCAGCAAGGAUAGGUAGAAUGAGAGCCGGACUACCUUUCAUAGAAUCUUGGAGUUGGAAGGGACCCCUGAGGGUUGGCUCAGCAGUGAUACACUGCGGGGAGCCGCAACAGCUGCUGUAACUCUGGGCAAACAGUCCCCAACCUGUUACCCAUGGGCAGCCUAAAUCUGUUUCCUGUAAGCAAAGGGGCCACAUUUAUUAUUAUUUUUAUUACUUACUAAACACAUUUAUUACUACUCGGUCCCUGCUCCUGCCCACCUAGCAGUUUGAAAGCACAUCAAAGUGCAAGUAGAUAAAUAGGUACUGCUCUGGCAGGAAGGUAAACGGUGUUUCCAUGCACUACUAUGGUUCACCGGAAGCUGUACGCUGGCUCCCUCGGCCAAUAAAGCGAGAUGAGUGCUGCAACCCCAGAGUCGGCCAUGACUGGACCUAAUGGUCAGGGGUCCCUUUACCUUUACCUUUUACCUGCCCUUUACCAAAGGUUCUCGGUGGCUUACCUCAUAAUACAACAGUAAGAUACAUACAUAAAUAAUGUAUCACUAAAACAGUACAACUGGUAAAAUCCUUAACAGUAAUCAAACGUUUCCAAAAGUGUGGCCAAAACCUUGUGCCUUGGUGUGUCUUCUUAAUACCUGCAAAGCUGGGGCUAGGUGCACAUCCAGAGGCAGGGAGUUCCACAGUCACAUGUCCAUUCCUGUGGCACCAAGCAGGGGUCAUUGCCACCCCCUGGACAUGCCUCUGUAGGUAGAAGUGGAACCACUGCAACACAGUGCCUCCAGCUCCUAACCCUUGGAGUCAGUCCUAAAGAAUACCAUGGUCAAAAGAGACCAAGCGGUAAAGAAAACUUAACAGAGUUGCACCCGCCCCCUCAGCACUUUUCUAACAACCAGGGUGACUAAUGCUGUUUCAGUCCCAAUCCCAGGCCUGAAACCAGAUCGCAAUGGCUCUAGGUAACCCAUUUCUCCCAAGCAUGCCUGCAGUUAAAUCUCCCCACCCCUUUUGAGCAACUGGCCCCCAAAGGGGAUAUUUUCAACUGGGCAAUAGCUGUUCAAUACUUAAGGAACUGGGGAGCUCCUCUUAAAGUGGCAGUGGUAUACCUCCUCCUUAAGGGCAACGGACGCAUCCAUGCAUUCCUCCCUGGCUAGCUUUUAUAAGCCAUUACAGGGUAGGUGGAGAGAAUAGCAUAUCACUCAAACCCUUACAAGCACCCUGCCCCCAUCAUUGGGCUGCAAUAAUUGAAAUUGAUCUGAUACAAUUGGACCAGGCAACGCUCAGGACACCACCUCAGGAUUUGCUCUGUGGUGUCCUGUUCCGUUCAAAUCUGAGUGAUGUUAUCCUCAGAUCGCCUUUUCAAAAAUGUCACAGCAGGCUUCCAAUAACUCAAACAACUACAAGCCCCCCAUUAAUGGAAUUGAUCCAGCAUGCAAAAAGCAGAUCAAGUGUAUGUCUGGCUGCAUCCAUUCAGCUCAGUCCGAAAGGAGCCUGUUCCUCUCCCUAACUCAAUAUAGUAAUUUUUAGCCUUUAAAUUUUUUUUCCAGAAACGCUGCAAGGAUGGCUCAAGGGAGCAGACGAAGAGGCCUGCGUGUAAGGAGAAUGGCAAGGAAAAAUCCCCUUCUGUGGUGGAGGUGCCUGAGGAGCCCCAGCCUGACAGCACAGCGGAGCCAUCCAGGGGCAAACGGGAGCCCUCCAACCCAAAGCGAGGCUCUGGGAGGAACGAGGCUGCAGGAGGCAAGAGCCCAGCCAGUCCGGGACUGCCAGCUGGCCCUAGUGCCAAAAGGGCAGUGGGUGUCAAAACUAGCCUGUCUGAGGAGGAAGGAAACAGCUGCAGCUUGGGGAGCACAGGACUCAGUGGGAAAGCCGGCAACCUAAGAAAUGACAAGGGAGCCCAAGGCGAUGCCCCACCAGACCUAAAGGUGAGAAGUGGGGCGAGAGGGGUGUGCAUGGCUCAAGGCUGGGAGCUGCUGCUUUUUUGUCGUUGAGCCCUAUGGCAAAGGGAACAGGCUGCACCCUUCCUCCCAUCAAAUGACUGUCAGUCAAAGAAAGGGCAGACUUGGCUCUGUGGUCUGUCCCUGUGGAGAGGAGACUCUGGGAUGCUUAUCAGAAAUGCAGGUGUGCCAUCCUUGCUUCCACUUGUAGACACAUUACUGGAAUUCUUCCUCGAUUAUUGCCAAAGGCCUUGUUCUGAAAUUCACUGCGUGGUCUAAACAAUAGAUGCAGGUACACAUGCCUGGAGUGCAGAACAUAGAACUCCAAGAUACAAGGCUCGGCACACGCUAAGGCGUUUUGCCAACAUGUCAUACGUCCCCUUGGCUCUUCCUUUGUGGGCACUGUUUGUGUGGCCAAUGCUGUGUCCCUGGAAAACAGGUCUGCGUGGCCUGCUCAACUGUCUGACCUAGUUUCAGACACGCCCCUGGAGUAGGGAAGCCCUAGCUGAAGGCAGAGUGGAGGCCGAAUCAGAUGGGCCAUCCAAUGGCAUUGGGGUGGUGCUUCUUCCCAGCAAACCACUUGGCCCCUCUCCCUGCCAUGCAGCUGAAUACUCUCAAGACUGCUUGGCCCCUCUCCAGCGUCAGGCUCCAAACCCUCUUCCCAUUCUUCCUCCCCCUCAGACCAGUCCUGCCAAGAUGUCUCCAUGGAGUUCGUGACACUUGGCCCCUGUUUUGUGGCUUGCUAUCCUCCUUACUUUUGAGAACAGGGAUUUCACUUGAGCCUUCCAAGUUUUAACAGCUUUCCCACCCAAGAGGCUCACUUGUCCUGUUGCUGAAGGGGCUUGAAAUGACCAAGUUUGCCUGUAGGUAAACUGAGCUGGUGCUUUCUCUUUCUCACCCUUUCUGAGUGCUACAAUUAACUAGAUUAAGAUGCAGUAUUCCCUUGCUGUAGUGCAAGAGCUGUGGUGCAGCAAUGGUUACGAGUACUGAACUUUAUCCUACUGUGCAGAAAGCUGUUUCCAGGUGUUUAAUGAAGCAAAAGGGCAGAAAAUGAAUAAAUGCAUUCAUUCCUAGCAUGAUAUUAUUAUUGCUAUUACUAUUAUUACCGUAUUGGUCUGAAUAUAAGCUGCACUUUUUUUUCCAAAUUCCGAUCCGAAAAAGUUGAAAGUGCAGUUUAUAUUUGUGACCUUAUGAUAUUGCUGCUGAAACAGCUGCCCAGGUGGGCCAUUGGGAGUGUGGGACAACGGCAUGCCGCCCGCCCACGACUCCCAAGCCUCCCCCAAGCUGUCAAAACGAAGGGGGAAGGCCGCUGGCAAAGGGGCACGAUUCUCCCCCCCCCCCAGGAAGCAGCCUGGGAGCGUGGGGCAACGGCAUGCAGCCUGCCCGCCACUCCAAAGCCUCCCCCGGCACCGGUUUGGUGAGGUAGUGCCGGGAGGCAAUAGUGUCGGAAGCAGGCAUGCAGUGUGCUCAGAACGGGGUGCCGCCUGUCCCUUGUUCAGGGCGGUAGAGCCAGGAGGCAGGACACACCCACAUAUAAGCCUUGAAUUUUAAAAGUGUGGUUUAUUUGCGGGUGUGUCUUAUAUUCGGGCCAAUACGGUACUAUUUUAUACCCCUGACGGGAUUCAAAUGAGAGUUAAGGUAUGGCUAUGCCCCAGGAAGGGCAGUCUUCACUAAAGGCAGUGUCCAUUUCCUUGAAUUUGUUUAGUUUUUCUAUGCUACUUGCCUCAUCGCUGCUUUUGGUGGUAUUAAGAGUCUCCCAGUUCAACUGUAUCUCGUGUUCCUUAGCGUGUUGCAAAGGUGUCCUUGGCACCUCCCUUAAGAAUUGCAGUCCACCCCUCAGGUACCUGUUGCACACUGGUGAUAUUCACCCAUAGAGGCGCCAUGGACUACAGCUGCAAUCUUUGUUCUUUUCUAUUAGUCAUACGUCACAUAAUUUUAUAGGAAGAGGUCGCUGUGGCAUGCCUCGGGUUACAUGUUUUGCAGUGGCUAUCGCUGCAUCUGAUUGUGCCUUCUCUCCUCCCUACAUUGCCAGGCUGACAACAUGGAGAGGGUGUCAGUACCCGUGGAAACGCAGCUGCCUACAGUCUCUGCAGACUCACUGCCCUGCCAGCUUCGGCCCUGCCCAGAGAAGAGGGCUCCACAGCCAGCCAGUUCCUCUGAGACUCCACAGGGGCCAGAAGUCGCUUCUGCCUUCAGCGAAGGCCUCUCCUCCUCUCCGCCAUCCAGGGACACUGAGAAAAGAGGCUGGUCCGAGGACAGCGAUGCCCUUGAGGCUGUUGCGAAUGGUGAGGGAGGGGAUGGGGUUCCUGCACGCUCACCCAUUUAAGAAAUAGUUUGAAUUGGUCUAUGAAGUAGCAGCGGGACCUACCUUCUGUAGAGUGGCUGGGGAAACCUAGCCAGAUGGGCAGAGUAUCAAUAAUAAAAUUGUUGUUGUUAUUAUUAGGCAAGAACUGGUUGUGGACAAAGGCUACGUUUAUAUAUAUAUGUAUAUAAUAUAUAUAUAUAUUAUAUGUAAUUUUCAUUGAUUCCCCCCCCCCCAAUAACAAAUAUGCAAUGUCAGUAACAUUCGACAAGGGCUAUGUUUUGAGCUGUUCACAAGAAGUACCACAUCAGAAUUGGGUGGAGAAUUCAGCAUCCUGAAAAGCUCUGUUUUUAUUUUUAAAACAAGGUGUUAGCCUAGGCUUGAAAUUGUUCAGGCAGCAAGAAAGGCCAUGGCUGGGAAUGCCUCUGCCUGAGAUUUACUGUUGGUCACAGUGGACAGUACCAGCCUAGAUGGACUUGUAAUCCAGCUUGGUAAAUGAUCUGUCCACCGCGCAUUGUGUAGCCAAUCUCAGAAAUUGAUAGAGGAAUGGAACAGUGUAAUUGUUCGCAAUGGCGAGGGAGACGUGGGUCUUGUGCUCUGCAUAGCUCUUUGCUGCUCUUUGUGAUUGGAGGAACCUAAACAAUUUAUGUAAAUUUGCAUAAGGUAUAUAAGUCGCGUAAUUUAAUUUUUGGACGCUGAAUUUUAACGUUUCAAGUGCACGCUGCCUCCGGUGCAUUCUGCAGACUAAUGUCUGGUUGAUCUAUUUCCCGCUCCUCCUACCUGACCCCAAGAGACAAAACCCUAUUUGAGAAUUUAGGUCACAUGCUGGGCUCUCUAGCUCCCCAGUCACAUUUCUCUGGCUUGCUGUUGCUGAGGAUGGUGCAGAGGCGCUAUUCAGAGCACCUCUAUUACUGUCAUUGCCUUUGCUUCCCCCCCCCUCCCAGAACCAGAGCCCACAGUGAAUCUGACGUUCGUGAAGAAUGACUCGUAUGAGAAAGGGAACGAUUCUAUGGUGGUGCACGUUUAUGUGAAGGAGAUUCACAAGGAGAUGUCCAGGGUGCUCUUUCGGGAGCAGGACUUCACGCUGUUGUUCCAGACGAGGUAUGGUGACUCCUGGUUCAGAGGCCAAGUGCUUUUCCUUCCCAGAACUGGACUUUUGCCAGUAAGCUGGGAUAGACAGCGGGGAAGCGAUGGCUCCUGUCUGUCUCUUUUGCCUGAGCUUCUUUCUCUUUCUGCAGUGAUGUCAACUUCCUGCGACUGCAUCCAGAUUGUGGCUCUCAUACAGUAUUCAGGUGGCAAGUGAAACUCAGGUAUAAGACUUUCCUUCUCUACACUAAUGGUAUAGACAGUGUUUCUGUUGCUCCUCCCCACCUGCACAUCCAGCACCAAUCUGACACAGCUCUUCUCCCUUCCGAAUUAAGGUCUAUGAAUUACAGCGGUGCCUCGCAAGACGAAAUUAAUUCGUUCCGCGAGUUUUGUCAUCUUGCGAUUUUUUUCGUCUUGCGAAGCACGGUGUCGGGAAAGUUUUGGAAAAGCUUCAAAAAUCACCAAAGUCUUUAAAAACCUCAAAAAAGACUACCACACCGCGUUCUAUGAGUUGCUCCUCGAAGUCAAGUCGCAACUGUAUUAACGGUGUUAAGAAAAAGGAAACAAACUUGCAAGACGUUUCUGUCUUGCAAAGCAAGCCCAUAGGGAAAAUCGUCUUGCGAAGCAGCUCAAAAAACGAAAAACCCUUUCGUCUAGCGAGUUUUUCGUCGUGCGAGGCAUUCGUCUUGCGGGGCACCACUGUAGUAUAUUACUAAAUCAAUGUAUAUUACUUUACACUGGGGCCCCAGGCCUGGGACACUGGACAGAAGAGGUGCUCAGGUAUCUCUUCGAUGAUAUUGUAGAUUUUUUAAAAAGGGGUUCUUUGUCGUCGGUUACUAUGGCUUUGUUUUGCUAAUACAUACCAGCAAUCGGACAUAACAAAGCCUAGCUGUCCCUGCGUCAUAAUCUAAAUAAGCAUCCUGCCCACUUUUCUGUUCCGUGGCACAAGAAGCAACCUUCGUAUUGAUCACACACCGCCGGACAGCCCAGUCUAAAGCAUGUGAACUUGUGCGAGCUGGAUUGCUACUUCCCGCUUUUACUUCUGCGCUGGAGAAGUGGGUACACUCUCCCAUCCCCUCUUUCCCUUCUGUGCCACAUGGACACAGCUGAGCCCAAUUUGCCAGAAAUUGUACUAAGGUGGGCAGCCUUUAGCGUAGGGUCCCUUUUGGAGAAGGUUUCCCACCUUCCUAUGUAAUGGGAUGAGCACAGUACUUUGGGAGUUACGCUCUUCUGUGAUGCCCAGACAUCCUUAGGUUAGGUCUACACCUCCUGUUCUCUGAUCCUUGGUUGGGUUGCCUUGUUUUGCAGGAACCUCAUAGAGCCAGACCAGUGUACGUACAACUUCACCCCCGCUCGCAUCGACAUCUGCUUGAAGAAGCGGCACAGCCAGCGCUGGGGGGGCCUCGAGGCUCCUGCCGCACGAGGUCUGCACCUUGACUUUUGUGAGCUCGCCUUGUUGGGAUUCUUGAGGUUUGACAAGGAUGCUGGGGCUUCAGCAUCAGAUAUUCUUACUAGUAUUACUACUUGUGAACUGCCUUGUGAUUGUAAACCACCCUCUAUGAUCCUCUGAUGAAGGGAGUUAUAGAAAUGGUACGAGAUGAAUGCUGUUGUUGGCUGGGGAUGUUGAGAUCAGCAAUUACUUGGGGAGAGGACCCUAGAUGGAGGAUUGAUGUUGUGAUGUCUGCUUGGAAUCCAGAACAGGUUCCCCACCGUUUCUUUUUAAGCAAGGAAGGGCAGCAGGGCUCACUGCACAGCAACCGUCCUGGCGCUGGCGCAGUGAAGAGCACGCCGCUCACCCCUCAGUGCACAUGUGCUGCUAACCACAAGCCCACUUUUCCCCCUUUUUAAGGUGCAGUGGGUGGUGCGAAGGUUGCCAUGCCAACAGGCCCUACUCCCCUGGAUAAAAGCCAACCUGGAAGUAACCAGCACCCGCUGUCCACUAAGGAGGAGGCACGAGUGGGAGAGAAGGAGAAGCCGCGAGCAGAGGAGAGCAGCCUGGAUGGCGUAGCCGCUCGGACGGUGACGGAACAUGUGCCAGUGAAGCAAGAACCACUCGUUCCCUCGGUGAGAACUCCUGGCCUGCGCUGGGAGUUUCGAAUCCCAGUCUCUAGGGCUCAGGCAGACACGCUGUCAGGGGAGGUGGUGGGCUGAAGGCAGGAGCUACUUGGAUUACAACGCGUUUGAACCUUGUACGGAUUAUUACAACAGCCAAUGAGUUAAGAGUGAGGAGUUGCAACAAAAUGUUGCUUGUGGGUGGGACAAUGUGUUCCUGCUGUUUGGAUGGAAAUAGCCCUAUGGCUGUUUUUUCUGUUUGGUGCCUGAAGGUGGAGAUCUGGCUGGCUGUUAGCCAGAUGAAUCUGCACCUUCCAGACCACCUCCUUUCCAGCAUAAGGGGAGCCAUUCAGGGAAGGACCAUUUCCUGCACUGCCUCUGAACCAGGGGGAGUGUGAGGAAAUUUCCUGACCUUGCAUCAAGUUGAGGCAGGGAGCUUGUCACCAGCAAAGGACACUCUACUACACACACGCGCGCACACACACACACACACACACACACACACACACAGAAACACACCCUCUACCUACCUACCUCUUCCCCUUCCUAGCCAGGAGGGAUAUGGGAGAAGUCAAACAUCUGAAGAUGGAGGCAGUGCUGGAACUAAGGCUGUUAAUAACUUCCUUGGACAUGUGAAUGCACAUGUGAGCAGUCAUUAGUUGGGGCAGGGGUGGAAGGAACGUUGCCAUCAAGUUAAAAGCACUUUCUGCGCUUCUGCAAAUCUCAGGGUUCCCCUAAAUCUUAGGGUGCCUUCAUGCUUUGCAUGGUUGUUGCUGUUUUGGAUACAUAAGGAUCGGCAUUCGUAGAAUGCGUUUGCUUUUAGCAUGUGGGAAGUGCACUGGGUGACAUUAGUUAAAGGAGAAUCAAAAGUAAUGCAGAAUAUGCACUUAAGAAUUGCUGCGCUGGGUCCAGCAUUUUAUCUCAGCAGUUGUGUUUUGACAGUGGGCAGGUAAAGUCCAUUGGGGUAGUUUCUACAGAAAAACAACAGAGGGCGGUACCUCCAGCAGCAGGUAAUUGGGGGUAUGCAACUGAUAAGGCUGAACCCUCCACGUACGGGUGUGAUUCUUGCUGUCCAUGCUGGUGAACAAAGAGCAUAUAUGCGAUCUUCUAAUUAGAAUGGAUUAGCCAUUUUGGGGAAUUGCUCUGUGUACGAAUAAUAAAUGAUUUUUUUUAAAGUGAGCAAGGCCUGGGUUUCUGUGCCUGAGAGAGGAGGGGGAAAGUGGGGUGGUGACCAUAGAAAUCCAGCAUGCAGAGCCUGGAAACUCUGGGCAAGACAAAGAGCCUGGCAACCAAUGGAAGCUGCCUCCUUGACUGUGUUAGCAUCUUCCCCUCCAGCCCAAGCCAACAUGCAUGGUCCCACCCAUGACUCACAGCCCCGUCAGCAGCGAAAGCGUGGAGGAAGAGGAGGAGGAGGAGGACAAGAAGGUGUGCCUGCCGGGUUUCACGGGGCUGGUGAACCUGGGCAACACCUGCUUCAUGAACAGUGUUAUCCAGUCUCUCUCCAACACCCGGGAGUUGCGGGACUUCUUUCAUGGUAAGCUGUAUCUCAAAGUGGGACUGGGGCUGGACCUGUCUCCGUGCGUGCCAUGGUUGGCCUUCACCUUCCAUCACCUUUUCUCUCUCUCUCACUUACACCCCUGUAGAUCACUCCUUCGAGUCCGAAAUCAACUACAACAAUCCCCUGGGAACUGGGGGGCGCCUGGCUAUCGGCUUUGCAGUGCUGCUGAGGGCGCUUUGGAAAGGCACACACCACGCCUUCCAGCCCUCCAAGCUGAAGGUGAGGUAUCCCUGCAGAAGCAUAUAUAGGCUGAGAGGAUGAGCUGCCCAAGUGGGCAGCUGGAGGCCAUGUGUUUGUGUGUGUCCACGCAUGCCUAUGUAGUUUUGCUGUGCAGAGGCAGGUUCCCAGUGCUUGUGACCAAAAAGUUGCUUAGGGUUGGGCUGUGCAGUUUGUAGCAAGCUUGAUUCUCAGGGAGCCGCUGGGGGUCAUUAGGGGGCAGGGAACAGCUUUAAUCCCCUUCCAAUAGUUUCACUAGAGUGUCACUAGCAUGAGUUUGACCACGGGACGCAGUGGAAGAUAGGAGUGCCUGAUGUGCUCUGGUCCAUGGGGUCACGAAGAGUCGGACACGACUAAACAACAACAACAACAAGACUGUCACUUGCUUUCUUCCAUGUGUAUUUAUAGUUACUGUAUGCUCCAAGCAAAGUGCUGUCCUGGGGAGCACUGUUAGCAGUGAAAGCAAAAUUUAUCUGCUGUCCCUGCUACAGAGUGGGCCAGCGCUCCGCAGGGGGGGAUCCUUCAUGGGUUGGAGUGUAUAAAAACUACACACACACAUACCUGUGUGUUGGAAUAAAGGGCAUUUUAUUACUUGGGAGAUUAAUAAUGAUAAAUUAUGCAGGCACAAACCAUUUUUGUGCCUUCUGGCUAGAAAUGAUUUUGGAUCGCUGGAUGCCACCAGCAACCAUUUAGAUUCUCAAGCAGGAAGCCUCUGGGCUUUAGGAAACCUCAAUCCGGACUGUCCACACUUCUGAAGCUACUUGUCCGGGUAGUUAGUGUUUUUCCAUAUAGCUCUUGAGCCCAUUCACCUCUCACUUGGCACUUGCCCCUCUUUCCAGUCCCAAGAGGACAAGGGGAGCACCAUUUGCUGAGAACUGCAAGUGAGGAGAGUGCCGCCGUCCUCAGGUUUUGCUUGUGGGCUUCCUUUGGGCACCUGGUUGGCCACUGUGAGAAGAGGAGAUUGUAUCCGAUGCUAGUAGACCCAUUGAAGUCAAUAGACAUGACUGACUGACUUAGGUUCAUUAAUUUUACUGGGUCUAUUCUGAGCAGAGCUUAGCUGGAUAUGACCCAGGAUGCUGGACUAGAUGGCCAUUUGCUCUGAUCUGGCAGAACGUUCGUUCUGAUCGUGCUGUACAGGUGUCUGGCUGUUCAUGACGCUCCUUUCUUCCUGCAGGCAAUUGUGGCCAGCAAGGCCAGCCAGUUUACAGGCUAUGCUCAACACGAUGCCCAGGAAUUCAUGGCUUUUCUGCUGGAUGGGCUCCAUGAGGACCUGAACCGCAUUCACAGCAAGCCCUACACUGAAACGGUAGAUUCAGAUGGACGACCUGAUGAGGCAAGUCUUUAUAUAUACAUAUAUAAAUAUAUAUAUAUAUACAUAUAUAUAUAUACAAAUUAUAUAUAUACAUAUAUAAUAUAUAUGUAUGGCCCAGUGGAAGUUGGGAGGCCUUGGCUAGGCUGAGCCUGAAGGACCUUUGCUCACCCCUGCUUUCGUUCCCUCACUGCUAUUAACUUGUUUUUGACUGCUAGAUUGUUGCUGAAGAGGCCUGGAAACGGCACAAGAUGAGGAACGACUCCUUCAUCGUGGACCUGUUCCAGGGCCAGUACAAGUCCAAGCUAGUGUGCCCUGUGUGUUCAAAGGUAGUGUGCCAACUCGUUGGGUUUCCUGGUUGCUUCGCAGCUCUGAGCCUGCUGCGGGGCAACAUGGCCUGCAUCUAAAGUUGCUUUUCCUCCACUAGCUUGGCGGGAGGUGGUAUUUACUCAUUUUACAGUGAUUAUUCACUAGCUUGGACCAUAUCCUCCACUCCACGGUCCUUGUGUCCUGCCGUCAAGGACUUUGGUGAUCCUUUGCUACUGACACCUUUACCAGGCUGCCUCCUUCCUUUGGUUGCUGCCCUCUGACUCCAGACUCACCAUUUCUGUAUCUCGGGGGUUUGCCAGUGCCUCCAGCACUAUACAUUAUGUCCAGGGGGUGCUGAUUGACUGUCAAAUCCUAUUGUUUGCAGGUGUCCAUCACGUUUGAUCCCUUCCUCUAUUUGCCAGUCCCCCUACCCCAAAAGCAGAAAGUGCUGACGGUCUAUUACUUUGCCAAGGAACCGCACAAGAAACCUGUUAAGGUAAGAGCAGCAGCAUCCCAGCUGCCCAGGAAGAAUCCCUUUAUCUUGUGCUCUAAACGCCUUCAGAAUAGUGUCUAUGUCACGAGCGGCCUUGAGCUUUAGAGAUUUCUGAAACUCAGUGGGACAUACGAGCGGAAAUAACAUCUGCUUUGAGAGGCAAAGCAAUAUGUGUCGGGGGCAGGUUCCACGUGCUUCAACUCAAAAUAUGUCUAAAUUGCAGUAGACAGCAUGUGAAAGUAGGUGCACCAUGGGUACAGCUUUGAUUGGUUGGCUAAUCCAGUGAGGUAAGCCUGGUGCAGUUCAGGAAUUACAUUGUCGAAGGAGUAAAUGUUAAUGAGACCAGGGAGUGGGAGGGAAGACUGGCAGGGUUACACACCCUAAUAUACCCACCCCAGCACAUGCUCUCUUCCAACAGUUCCUGGUGAGCAUCAGCAAGGAGAAUUCCACUGCCAUGGAGGUGCUAGACUCUGUGUCCCAUAGCGUGCGAGUAACUCCUGAUAACCUGCGCCUGGCUGAGGUGAGGCAUGGUCUGGCUGAUUUCUUGUGUCUGAAUGCUGCUGAAGUUGUGGUUCUAAGGAUUCUUAGCAGCAGUGAGGCUUGUUCACUGCAUGGAAGCGUCUUGGCAUUCAGAUCACCUCUGCAGCUUUUUCUUUCUGUGGGUGCCGUGCCCUUUUCACAACACAAGGCUUGGCUGAUCUCCCCUGGCUGUGGCUGCCCAGGUACCAGAGAGCCAUUAUGUAUACAGGAGGCCUAGUGACCUGGCAGCCAAGGUUUUUGGCAGAAAAUUUCCAAUCAAUAUGCAAAAUUUGGCUCCUCUUCUUGCCUUUGCUCUUGCGUCUGGCCACUUCAUUGGGAUCCCUUACCUGCAACCUCCAGAAUUUCAUUUGAGUGCCAUCAACACAGAACCCUACCUCUCACUAGGCUGUGCAUGAUGUAUUGUGUGUGUGUACGCGCGCGCACUCACACACACCUCAGUAGUUGUGGCAUGCAUUACACUGGGACUGUACAUGCACACAUAUUUCUUGCUUAAAAAUAAAAAAGGCUGACCACAGAGCAAAUGGCGCUGCACUCAAGACUUAAUCUGUACUAGGCCCCACCAGGAAUAAACUCUGGAGUGUCUACCAAGGAAAAGACCUGGACCAAAAUCCUGUUUGUUGGAUGGAGCAAGGGGUGGGGCGGGAAUUGUCAUGAGCAUAUGGAGGGUGCAUAUGGAGACAAUGAUGGUCUAUCCAUGCCCCAUUUCUCCCAUAUGCUUACAGUUAGGGAAUUAAACUAAACUGGAUCCUUGCAGCAUAUGUAUCUACUGUUGCAUGAACCUAGUUGCAAAUACCUCCCGCUUCUUAGAAAAGUGCUGCAAAUUCAUCUCACUUUUCCUCCUCUUCUUCCUCCUACCAGCAAGUUCUCAAUUCUCCCUACUCCCCAAAUCUAACUGUGUUAUUGUUCCAGGCUAAGCUAGGACUCUAAAGACUCAACCCAGAGAGUCCCUCCUAUUCCGUUCACACAUAAAAGGAUCUGGUUCCUCCCCCACCACCUUCCUUUUUUGCAGCUCUGUCUGUCUCCCCACCCCACUCGGUCCUCAUCCUGACACAGUGCUGUUCUAAUGAGGCUUUACUGCCACGAGCACAAACCUAUAUAGUAAUAAUGAACAUUUUCCAGGUGAAUCUUUGUACCCAGAAUAGCACCGUGUGUGUGUGUGUGUGUGUGUGUGUGUGUGUAGAAACAUGCACAUGGUAUCAGCAGAGUUGGAGGAUUUUUACUGAAAUGGGGAGGACAAGACUUUAGGGUGUGCGCUCAGAACUGCUCUGAGGAUUUGGCAUUCCCGGUGGGCAUGGCAAAGCUGUUCAGCUGUUGGAGGAAAAAAGGAAACUGGAGGAAGAUGAGAAAACUGAGUAUCCUGGAAUGGGGCCUGAUUGGCCAGCUGGAAAUCCAGAACAGGUGCACCAUUCGCCACAACAUUUUGUUGCAGCAUUUGUUGCAUACCCUGCUUGUUCAGUAUUUGAUUUAUUUAUUGGAUCCAGGCCAAGCUUAUCGUUCCAUCUUGGACAGUCCACAUGCCCCAGGAAGCUCAGAAGCAGAGCAAAUUGCUUUUCCCCUGGUUAGCUCUCUACCCCACACCCCAACCCAAGCACCUGGUGGUCAGAAGUACAUUGUACCUGAACCUGAAGUUUGCCCUUAUGUGUGAGACUAGAGGGAGGAAAGGGCAUCUUUUGGGCAGGACUUUACCUCCCUUUUUUCCUUUGGUUAGGUAAUCAAGAACCGCUUCCACCGCAUGUUCUUGCCUUCGCACUCGUUGGACACGGUCUCCCCCACGGACCUCCUGCUGUGCUUUGAAGUGCUUUCUCCAGACCUGGCCAAGGAGCGUGUGGUGGAGCUGCAGGUCCAACAGGUAAGUGCCAGGAGCUUCCAUUACACCCUCCAUACAGGUGUACGAGAAGGAGAUGGAAAGAAAGCUCUUAGGCUUUCAAGGUGAAACCUACACAUUCUGUCCUGCCACCUUCCCAGUACAGGUGCCCACCGCUUCCCAAUCACCCUAAGCAGGCAAUUUCUCUCCCCUAAGCGUCCUCAGGUGCCCAGCGUUCCCAUCACCAAAUGUGCCGCCUGUCAGAAGAAGCAGCAGUCAGAAGAGGAGAAGCUGAAGCGCUGCACUCGGUGCUACCGUGUCGGCUAUUGCAACGUGUAAGCCGCCCCUUCUUUUUUUCACCCUCUCCAUAGCCGAGAGCCGUCUCUUGCUCCCAAGCUGGGCGGAGUGGCUGCGUCGAGCCCCUGCGGCCCUCUGCAUGAGACUGUUUUUGUGUGUGUUUCAGAGUGUGCCAGAAAACACACUGGCCCGACCACAAAGCUUUGUGCCUCCCUGAGAACAUUGGCUUCCCCUUCCUCAUCAGCGUGCCGGAGUCACGCCUCACCUAUGCACGGCUGGCCCAGCUUCUGGAAGGUUACGCGAGGUAAGGUAGCCGGAGUAUUGGCAGCGCUCUUGGGCGCUUGGCCAGCCGCCGCUGCUUGGCUCGUUUUGUAGGCUUUGGCCGAGGCAGCAAGGAAGCUUCCAUUUCCUUCCUCAGUGCCAGCAGCACAUUCCCUCUUCAGAGGGCUGUGACCUCUUAGCGGACGGCUUUUCCUCUCCCUGCUCAGGUACUCGGUCAGCGUGUUCCAGCCGCCAUUCCAGGUGGGCAGGAUGUCGCCAGAGCAAGGCUUGCAGCACCAGCCUCCUGAGAAGCCAGAGGCGCUGGCCCGGAGCAGCAGCAGCGCCACAGUCGCGUCUGCCGCCGCCGCCGCUUCUGCCGCCGAUGAGGCCUCCACCGCCAUGGAGUCGGGAGACGGGGCCAGGGCCCCACACCUGCCGCAGGAACCCCAGCCGUCUCUCUCGGCCCCUGAGCUGCAGCCGGAACUGGGGGACGCCAGCGCUGUGAGAAGCAAGGUCCCCGCAGGAAGAGGCUCGGGGCUGAGCUUGGAUUCGGGCUUCUCCGAGGCCUCCCUGGACACACGGGCUGACAGCUUUGUGGAAAGGGAGGGGCCCUUUGAGAGACUCCCCAAGCCGGAAGGUAGGCAAAUCUGAAUGGGCCUUAUUUAAAGCCCUCCACCCUACACGGGCUGCUACUUGGGGCGUCUGCAUUCCCAAGGGGUUUCUCACCACUUUUCGGUACGGCUGUUACGCCAGCGUUCCUUAGGUCUGCUUGUUGCACAAGGAGCUCUGUAGGCAGCAGGCAAAUUUCCCAACAGCCUGUGCUCCCAGAUACCAGAAGCCAAAUAAGAAGAAGAAGGAGAAUCAAAAUAAUAAAUUCAAGCAACUUUAUUAAAUGUUUUUGUCCCCGUUAUUCCCCAAAAGCCAAAAGUGGGAUUAGGAAAACAAUUUAUUCCACAUGCCUCAUGCUGUGGCUUCUAAGCAGCAGAACAUAACACAGAUGACAAGAAGCAAAUAUGAAUAUUCUGAAGCAGGGCCGUUUCCUGUCUUUUGUGCGGUCCCUGAAGACCCCAGCCAUCUCCAUGGCUUUGUAGAUGAAAUGCUGUCCCAGCUGUGGAAAGGGGGAUAGGGUGGCUGAGCAGAGGAAAGAAGGGGCUGCCGGCUGAGCUGCUGCCACUCACCAUCCCUCCCUUGCUUGCCUACAGCUGCCAUCCCAGGUUACCAGCAUCCGGCUGAGGGGCUGAGUUCCCACGCUACCCAGUUCUACAUCAACAAAAUUGAUGCCGCUAACAAAGAGCAGAAGCUGGAGGACAAAGGUGAGGGUUAAAAUCUCAGGGUUCUGAAAGCAGUGCCAUCUUGGAACAUUUGGCUUGGCGUUUUGAGAGGGCCCCAUCCUUGCUUAGGGAGAUCUUCUGUGGUGAUAGAUCUAAUCUGUUUACCCAAUGCAAGGUGCUGUUGAGUCCCUAAAGGAAUGCAUGUAUGCUGCUGAUCAGCUCUAGCUGGGGUUGUCUCUCCUGGGCUAAAAUUAUGCACACUCUGCACAAAAGGUUGAAGUCUGCUAUCUGUGUGAAUCAUACAGACCUGUAUUUAUUAUUCCACAUCUUUCUGGUAGCUAUGGGGAAGGGAUAAGAAGCUAUGGAAGGCACCAAGAACCUGGCUGUUGGAAAUCUUAGUUGGGUGUCGUGUCCCAUAGAUGACUUCUCUUAGAAUUCAGCGGCCCUUGUCGGUCCCAAUUCUCAGGAUGCUGAUUUAAGAUUCCCACUACCACAUUUGUGUGGGAUACAAGCAACCCACCCGAAGGAGUGCCAAACGAGCACAAGUUCUGGGGAGGAAAGUACAGUCCUUGGAGCUGGAAUUCCUGGCUUUUCCUCCUCCAGCAUAGCUGACGUUGACCUAUGCUACACAGUUGCAGAAACAGACAAUGGGGCCUGCAGUUGUUCCUUUUCUGCUUUGUCUUGGGUAUCUGUCCCCACACUCCUACACCCAGUCUUUCAUUUUAAGCGGCCUUGGUGGCUUUCCCAUCCGUUACUUGGAGGGCCAGCAUGUGAUCUAGUGGAAUGUUUGGCUGCAAGCUCCGCUUGGGUGACUUUAGAGUGGAGUAAUCUCCUUGGCCUGACCCCAGUUCCAUCCAUGUGAAAUUUGGGCUUAGUAGCAACUUGCUUUGCAGGAUCAUGGUGAGCUAUGAACAAGCUUGCAAAUCUUCCUGCUCACAAAGAAUUGAAACUAGCUUUGAUAAGGAAUUGCCUCCCUCUUCUCUCAUGUUUCUGGCUCCACACACCCUUUCUAUGUUCUUAAACAGGAGAAAGGUGGACUGCCCCUAGUUUGGUGGUGGCCAAUAUGACCAGCCUCUAGAAGUUAUGGUGUACAGCUCCCCUAAUUCUAGGCUAUUGACCUUGCUGGGCUGGAGCUGGUUAUGGUUUCAGUCCACAACUGCUGGAGGCCCCACUACAUUGGCUACCCCUGCUAUGGUUCUUGUUUCUUGGCUGUUUGUUUUUGGCCUGGUGUGUUUAGAUGGGUAGCACCAUCUGUAAACUUCCAUAUCCUUGCAGGAGAUGUCCCUCUUGACCUGACAGAUGAUUGUUCUCUGGCCCUGGUUUGGAAGAACAACGAGAGGAUGAAGGAGUUUGUUCUGGUAGAGUCCAAGGAGCUGGAGUGCGUAGAGGAUCCUGGCUCUGCGAGUGAGGCAGCCAGGGCAGGACACUUCACCCUGGAGCAGUGCCUCAACCUCUUCACCAAGCCAGAGGUGUUGGCCCCAGAGGAGGCCUGGUAAGAAAGGGUUCUCUGUGGGCAGGGACAACUCCCAAAGUGUAUGCAUAAACGUAUACACUGUGCAGCUAGCUUUUGGGUUCAGAUGUCUAGCUUUUGUAGGCUGGGAAAUGGUUACUGCUUCCAAACACUGAAGUGAUAAUAGGAUCAUAGAUUCAUGGAAUUGGGAGGAGACGGCCAAGGGCCAUCUGAUCCAGCCCUCUGCAAUGCAGGAAUCUCAGCUAAAGCAUCCAAGACAGAUGGCCGUCAAGUGCUACACAGUAGGGACUGUUGGGAGUUUGUGGAGAGCCUGAAGAGGACUGAGAGUUCUGUUGAAUUCCUGGGCUCCUCAGGCAUGUCCCACAUACAGUCACGUUCUUCUCUGAAACCACGUCAAGUGGAAGCCCCCUUCUUCCAAUUAAAGAGCUCACAUUCUCCCAUCAGCUGAACGCUGCAUACUGCAGCUGUGAUCAAAGCCUGUUUCUAAACCCUUUGAUCUCAGAAACACAAACAGGAUGCCUUGGUCUUCCGUAGUGCGGCAAAACGGGUUGGUAAAGAGCAGAACUGGCAGCAAAGGAAGCUAACAGACCCCCCCCCUUUUCCCCGCGCAGGUACUGCCCGAAAUGUAAGCAGCACCGUGAGGCAUCCAAGCAGCUCAUGCUGUGGCGCCUGCCCAACGUCCUCAUCAUACAGCUCAAGCGCUUCUCCUUCCGCAGCUUUAUUUGGAGAGACAAGAUCAACGACAUGGUGGAUUUCCCAGUGCGGUGAGGAGAUGCUGCUGCGCUUUGUGUUCCUUUGCUCCCACUUGGACUUCACACAGGAAAGUCCAAGGAAAGCAUCUCCCUCCACUCCAGGCCUGGCUGCAGUGCCGGGCCCUGUCUUAGCACCAAGGGUGUUUAGCACUCUAUGCUCAGGCUAUGCUUGUCAACUCUUUUCUCUGCAUUUACGUCCCAUGUGGCAAGGAGGCAGCCUAAUUGGCCACCCCGUUGUUUGGAAGGGAGGGCGGAACUGAAGUUGGGCUAAAUCUUUUGGGAGGGGCAGGAAGCAUAGGCUGGUGGUGCCUUCAUGUUGAGGCCACAGCACAUUCCUCUUUCACAGGUGAGAGCCUGCUUCAUCGGAUGCAUGUGGUGGUCAAACGUGCAUCCUUAGGUCCUCAGUUGUGGUGCAUGUGUAUCCACCAUGUGUCUGAUGAAAGCAGGCUCAAGCUACUGCUAAGUAAACUUGAUCCAUGCUGCAACCAAGUCCAGUGGCUGCUCUUCUGAAAUCUGCCCGUUUUGAGCAGAGCAAGCUAGGAACACCUCGCUCCCCAGUCCUUAGUUUGUUGGGAUAGGGAACUCAGCCCACUUCUCAAAGCAAUCUGCAGACUUCUUCUAUUGCCUGGCUUGAAACACAUAUAGCUAGGACAAGUGAAGACAGCUGUGUACCUUAUUCCUAUCUCUGUCCCCAGGAGUCUGGACCUGAGCAAGUUCUGCAUUGGCCAGAAGGAUGAGCAGCAGCUGCCCAUGUAUGACCUGUAUGCAGUUAUCAACCACUACGGGGGCAUGAUUGGCGGACACUACACAGCCUAUGCGCGGCUGCCCAGUGACAAGAACAGCCAACGCAGUGAUGUGGGUGAGUUGCCGGGGCGGGCUUCGUGUGGUCUGGUAGCCAUCGAUUGUCUAGCCAAGUUCCAGCCGUUGACGUAGAAUCUUCUCAGAGACCUACACAAGGAGAAAGAUCUUGGCUAGGGCACUCAUUGCUGCUUUGAUAAGGCAUCAAUGAGGAAGUAGCAGGGUCUUCCUCCAUAGUCAGUGCUGAAUGUUUCAGGUGCAAGGGAGGAGAAGGCUUCACAUUUUAAGUAGGAUUUAGGGCAAGAAAAGGCUUUCUCCUCAGCACAGCUUGGCCUCCGCCACUCAUUUGCAAAGAAAAAUCACUGCCCUUCCUCCUUUAUGAUGGGAGAGGUCUUGAUGCAGUGGUGCACAUGCACAGUCAAAAAGAGCUGGACCCCUCUGUACUAGUAAGUUCCAGGGAGAUUGUUCUGAAUACUUUGUUAUUGCUUCCUCAGCCUUUCAAGAUUGAAUUUAGAGCCAGGUCCUCACAUGGUAGGAUUUUGGAAGACUCUGGGAAGCAGGUCUAAUUUGAGUGUUUUAAGGAUAUACAGUGGUACCUUGGAAGUCAAACGGAAUCCGUUCCGGAAGCCCGUUUGACUUCCGAAACACUGGGAAACCAAGACACAACUUCCAGUUGGCUGCAGGAAGGUCCUCCAGCCAAUCAGAAGCCGUGUCGCACGUUCGGGUUCCAAAGAACGUUCACAAACGAAAACACUCACUUCUGGGUUUGCGGCAUUCAGGAGCCAAAACAUUCAACUUGCAAGGCGUUUGGGAUCCAAGGUACGACUGUAUUGUUUGUUUUAUUUUGAGUAACAUCGUAUAGAAGUGUUUUCUAAGCAGAAUCUUUUUCUUCUUCUCUGUUCUGCAUGUGAGCAGUCUUGACCAGUCGGGUUGGUAGCUGGUUACUUUUUACUUCAAGAAAUGAGAUACCGUUCUGGCACUCAUGGCUUGUAGACAUGUAAGCAUUGUGGGCCAACGACCUUGCCAUUCAUGGGAAUAGGGCUGCCAUGCCCUCACUCCCUUCUCCUUCCUAACUUCCAGUCAGUUUGUUUAUCCCAUUGCUUGGGAAUUUGCUGACAGUGGGAUUUGGUGGAAGGGAAUCUGAUGAAUCCCCAAUACAUGCUCCCCUCGACAAUUAAAUACACCGAAGAAUAAAUAGUCGAUUUAGGACUUGUGAAUAUGACAGUAGUAUUAGAGAGUGUCCAUGUAGGUGGGGAAAAAUUUCAUAGGUUCACGUAGUGACAGGGUCCCACUUGCCAGCUUCAUCGCUCUCAGUUAAUUCUGGGGUAUCCUGGCAUCUUUGCAAAUCCCCCCAAGUCUGCUAACCUCUGCCAGGGAAGCGGCACCCAUGAAUGCACAUUGGACAGCAAGGCAAGGCUGUAGGAGCCUACCGCAUUGGUAGGCUGUGGGCUAAAUUUGGGUGAGUGCACUGGGUAGCUCUUUCCUGAUGCAUGGGAGACCUGGAGACUGCGCUUGUCUUCCUGCAAGAGUGAAGGACAGGUGAGGAUCAGGCAGUGUUGCCUCACCAGUGGGUCACAGAGCUUGGUGUGCUUAUCCCUUCCUUGUCCCCUUUCACAGGAUGGCGGCUCUUCGAUGACAGCACCGUCACCACAGUGGAUGAAAGCCAGGUGGUGACGCGAUACGCCUACGUGCUCUUCUACCGCCGACGAAACUCUCCAGUGGAGAGACCCCCACGGGGGCCACCGCAUCCCUCAGACCCUCGGGCCGACAUGGCCCCAUCUGCCGAGGCAGCAGCCAAUCAGGUGAGGGCUUUUGGGGGGGGGAGCUGCCUGUCUUCCCCGCCUCGAAGUGUUGCCUUGGCCUGCUAACGGGCCUCGCUACUGCUGAUAGAGGAGCCUAGGGACUCCUGGCUCCCCCUCACAGCUCUGGCUGGGCUGUGGGCCUCCUUCCAACAGUUGUGUCCUGGAAAAAUGACAAGCAUUCAAGGCUGUCAGGGGAAGGUCUUGAUAGAAACAGAGAGGCCCUUCUUAAGAACAGGAAGGCUGCCCUGAGUCGAACGCGCCUGCAGGUGGGUGGGGAAUUGGCUGGAGGAGAAAGGUCCCCUCAAUAUGGAGGGUGCCGGCUUCAGAGUUGUGGGUGACAGUAGCAAGUUCCGUGCAAAAUAAGCUGAUGAGGGAAUGGUGCCAGAGAAACAGCAAUUCCAUGGUUCCUGAGCGGCCAAGGUGUCAUACUUUAAGGGGCCUGAUUCCAGCACUGUGGACUGCUGUGCACUCGGCGCUGCUGUUGGCUUGAGAGCCUCUCCUUUCUCUUUCCCCUCCACUCUGUUCCCAGCCAUUAACAUGGUAGGGACUGGGGAGAUGGAAGGCCAGCACUGUGCUUUCUGAGGCAAUGCCAGCCACCUGGGUUGGGGGCACUGGCAUCUCCUGGGGUUCUGCCAUGUGGUGUGGUGGCAUCUUGCCCAGGACAGCUUCCUGGGCAGGGGUUAAGCUCCGAAGCUGUGCUGCGGGGCAGGCCGCAUUGUUCUUGCCCUUUCUUGCUGGAGCUGGGCGGUGUGUUUUGCCCCUGGCCACCUGCCCAGCAAGCCAAGACCGAUUGGAACCACAUGGCCUACUUGGGAGGAGAGGAUGCAGACAGAUCCAUUCAGAGAAGCUGCCAGAGGGGCCUGUGUGCCUUAAGCCAAGAUUCCCUUUGUGCCUGUGGACUCUGGCAGCUGACCCGUGCAGCGAAACUGGCGCCUCAAACCAGCUAUAAAACAUCACCCUCCCCAACCAGCUUUAGAAUAUGGGAGGCCUGGAAGCAGCAGGAACCCCCUGUGCCCAGAUCCCAAGGGAUGGAGUGGGGAAGAUAAGACAGAUUCUGCCCGCCUUUAAACCUCUAUCUAGGAAAUCACAGUGAUUGGAUGACUGGUCUGAAUGAUCUUUCUGUACGUGGAAGAGCUGGUCUGUGACUGGUUACUCUGCAACUAACUCCUGUGCAACUGUGUCGUUAUUGUUGUGGUUUUUUAAAAAAAAAGAAAAAGAAACAAGAGUGAUUAUGAUUGGCUGCCAUCUCUGAAUGUUCCUCAUGGUUUUUCCACUUGCCAAAGCUGAGCUGUUGAUUAGCUGUCAUCCUUCCGAAAGAUCCUCAUGUUCCCACCUGCAAGCGCUUGGAUGUGACUGCCUGCCAUCAGAUCCUCAUGUUGUCACCAGCAAAAGCUCAACUGCGAUUGGCUGUUUAUGAAUGAUCCUCGUGUUCUCACCCAGUGUGGCUGAAUGAUCCAGUGCAUUUGCGCAUACAAGGAAGUCUGGGCUGUGAUGACUUUGGUGACUGGGUCUUUUGAAAGGAUUGAGCUGGUGCUGACGCUUGCAGACAGGGGGGGAAGAACUCUGACCCCAGCCAGCCAGCCAGCAUGGAUGCCUCACUCUGACAAGCUGGGGCUCGCUUGCCCUCCAUCCUUCUGUGGCUUGUGCUGCUCACUCUGUCCCUGGGAGGCCCCCGUAUCUGAACUGCUGGAGCUGUAUAGCGAGGGGGGGCAGAAAAUCUGUGGGGCCGCGGCCGUGGGAAAGGUGCGCUUGCAGGCAGGCUGUUCCGGGCAGGGGCAGGGCAGCGUGUGGGUGACUGAGGGGUUUGCCGCUGUGUUCUCACCAAGUGCUGACGCAGGUUUCCACAUCGCAGGCUUCUCUGCUCUGGCAGGAACUGGAGGCUGAAGAGGAAGCUGCCAGGAGGCUGAUGAGGAGCCCUUGGAGGUCUUGCAGCCGAAGAACAAGGCACCUCGCCCCAGACUGUCCCGAUGAAGGCCGUGUCCGAUACUUUGUCCUGGGCACCAUGGCAGCCAUUGUGGCCCUCUUACUGAAUGUUUUCUACCCACUCAUCUAUCAGACCCGCUGGAGGUAGUAGCAGCAGCAGCAGCAGAAAUGGCACCCAGAAGGAGGGUAGCUCACUCGCCUCAGCCUUGGCUCUCCUCCAAUUACACCUUUGUGACGAAGGCCUUGGAUGCUCCCUGCCAGGGUGGGUGCAAGAAGAAGCCCUAGUGCCAAUGCCUCCCCAUCAAGAAGCCCUCAAGUCUAGGACCUGCUCUCUCCUGCUUGGCCCGUGUCCCACAUGGAUUGGCAACUGGGAAAAGGCCCUUUAAAGCGCUGCGGCCUUGUAAGACUUUGGCCCGCGUGAAUCACACCUGUGAACUCCAGCAGAGGCUGCAGAGCUACAAACAUUAGUCUCUCUAACUGGAUGGGAAUCUGUUGGUCUUGGCCAUUCCCUGCCUUGCAAUUGUUCCUCUGUAUUGGGUCUACAGCUGCCCCCUGCCCAAUGUGCCUAAUAGUUGAAGGUCAUGACCUCUUACCCAGUUGGGCAUCAGCGCCGUGAUUGGAGGCAGGGUGGAAAAGAAGUCCCCGGGCAUCUGUUCCCUCAUUGUUUGAGGGAGUGAGAAUGUAUUGCUGACUCUUCCGAAUAUUGAUGGAUUAGGUUCCCUCACCAGGAUAGUGUUGGCUUUCAGCCAACUGCAUCAUCAUCUUUUUUGUUUUGUUUUAUGGCAUCUUACAAAUCUUUCUAUCGAGACGUGAGACCACAGUUCAGCUAAAUGUUCUUUAGCGCAGGGCCCCAGCUAAAGAGAAGACACUACUUCGACUUGCCUCACAGCUCCCGUACCUGUUUCUGAACGCUUAGGCAAUGUCUGCGUGCACACGAGGAAACAGAAGUGUGGCUCUGGCGUCAGAGUGGCCUCGUGUUCUUUUAAUCUGGCCCGGCGGGCUGUGUGGCUUUUCCAGUGCAGUGCAGGAUCCCUCUGGUGCCUCUUUGACUACAGGUUCAAUCCUGAGUACCCCGAUUUAGGCUCUUGGCUGUGGCCAGAUAAGUAAGAGAGAGCUUGUGAUCCUAGGUCUUAUUCUUCGCGACACCCCUUCCUUGGUUUGUGUAUCUUUAUUGUUUGUUGUUAAUAUUACACUCAUAAACAUUACGCAACUCUAACAUCAUCUUGCACAUUCUUCCCAGCACUUUUCAGAGAGGCUCCCCCACCCACCCCCGUCCCUUUCGUUGCAGGGAGGGAAAGGGAUAUGGCCUUGUCUCCAGUGCCCAGUUUUCAGGUUGUCUGUGCUGGUACUCCUGCUGUGCCCCAGGAAGUGGGCAGUCUCUAGCCGCACCAGUGCCAAAGAGCACAGCCUGAUCCAUGUGCAAUUCUGGUGAAGACGUCCCGACCCUAAGGAAGUCAUUCUUCCAGCUGGGUGGAUAAAGGCAUUGCAUUGUGCUGUGGGAAAGCUUUCACUGUGUAUUUAUUUAUUGUAUUUAAUAAACCUAAGCUGUUCUAAAGAGAUAUGGAUGGGCUCCUUUCUUUCCCCAGCUGCUCCUUUCUUUCAGCACCUGCUUUCUAAAUUUAACGGGGGUUCUGCGCGUCCACACAUGUAUCUUCCCGCUGGCUCCCAAGCCUGUCCAGUUUUAGCUGCUGUUGCUACUGGUUCACAAGGGGAACCAAGGAAUUGGUUGGGCCGCUCGUUGAAUUGUAGCGAAAUAGUACUGGCUAAAUUCUUUUGGUGGUGAUAACUCUGUAGCUCUGUGUGUUCUGUAGUUUGGUGCAAAGCUCACUUUGCUGUAUGAGAGUUUCAGUGUUUGUGCAAAAUAAGAAACAAGUUAUUAGCCUGGAUAUCUUCAAAGAAGAGUUCCAGAAGUGCAUGGGCAAUGUCUAGUGAAAUCUGUAGAAGAGGAACUCAGUGGGAUUUCAAGUCACUGGUUAGGGUAGCUUUUUUGCCCUUCCCCAUUAUUUGCAGAAGCAGGAUACACAAGCUACAUGCCCUUUUGCAAACUAUAUGUUGAUGAUGAUGAUGAUGAUGAUGAUGAUGAUGUGGGUCACAGAGUGUAGGUUUCCUUGGCACGCGAUCCUUGGGGUGGUGGGGCAGUUUUGUGUAAAGUACAAAACCCGGCUCUAGGCGGAUAGCUGACUCUUCAAGCCUGGAGCAGGAGAGAAUUAUGAGUAAGGCUUUGUAUGUAUUACACUCAGAAAUACUGAUUUCUUCCUAAAAUUUCCUAAGAUUUGACUGUUCAAUAACACCAGUUCGUAUUUAGGUGCCUGCCUACCAGACACCAUGUUUAAUUGUGCCACUUAAUUGAACAAUAUACUGAUGAGACUAGCUGUAACUGCUCACACUGAAGGGACUGAUCUGGCUUGCAUUACUGAAACUUGGGUGAGUGAGCUGGAUGGGCCCCUCUGGUUAAUAGUACUGCACCAGGCCAGACUGGGGGCAUCAAGGGUGGCAGUGGUUUUACUGGGGAUUAAAGGCACCAUCUCCUUUGCCAUAAAACUUAUUGGUGUUGGGAAAGGCUUAGGGGGUUUGUCCCCAGUGUUGGGCUAGAGAGACAGAUUGGGAUGCUGCUGGUCUCUAGAAUGCCCCCCCCCCGAUUCCCAGUAGUGUCCCUGAUCAGGCUGGUUGAGGUGUUGGAGUGACUACACUAUCCAUGCAUAGACUGCUGCUGAGCUGGCUCAAGACUUCAUGACCUCUUGACAGCCAUGGCUCUCUCUCACAUGGUCACUGGCCCAACACACCAGGCAGGGCACACUCUUGAUGUAGUCUUUGCUCCAAGUGAUGAUAAGAGGGAUGGACCAAGGAGGUGAGCAAUGAUGCAAUCCCUUGUCAUGGUCGAACCAUUAUCUGGUAUAUAAAGCGCUUAACAGCUUGGCACCAGGUUACUUGUGAGAUUGCCUUACCUCAUAUGUGUCCACUUGACUGCUUUGAUUUGCAGAUCUGGCACUGUUAACAGGUGCCACAUAAUACUCGUUCCCGCAUUUGUAAGAAAUCAAUCUUGUAGUGCGGCGGCAGCCACACUUGGGAACUCUCUGCCUAUUGACAUCAGCCAGUACUUCACUGUACUCUUUCUGGUGCCUGCUGAAAACAUUUCCGUUUAGGCAAGCCUGUCCAGACAUGUGGAAAUCCGACAUGCUUUUUAAACUGGGUUUUACCUUAUUUUAUAUUUUGAUUAUUUUUGAAUGCUUUAAACAGCUGUUUGGUAACCAUUUUUUUUAACAUAAUUGUAACGUUUUGCAUUUGUAAACUGCUCCGAGGUUUUUCUUGCAAUCAAGCAGGAUAUAAAACUCAUGAACAAAGUCAAUGAAUAAGGUUUAUAUUUAUAUGAACUCUUUCCCCGAACUCUGUUUCCGGACCUUCAAACAUUGUGCAUAUAGAGAUUUCAUAUUGGAAACAAGACAAGAAGCUUCUUCCACGGCAGGGAGACGUUUGUACCCUUUGCGGCUGCUCUCUAACGCUUUGUUCUGUUUGCAGGGAAUUAGCUCGCCACCCUUUGGAACCAACCUGGCCCCUGAAGUUGCUCCCGCACUGGCACCAGAGGGGGUCGCAGAGCACCCCGCUCCAUCCUACAGCAACAUGGAGGAAGUUGACUAA